GGUUUCCCUUCCUUCCAUCACACGAUGCCUAGAGGGGCAGCGGGUGGGCUGCGUGGGGGCUCUGCCCGCAACACUUCGAGGCGGGAUUGAGAGGCUGCAGCUGGCCAGGAGUUGCUGCUAAGUGGACUCGAGUUGACGGCUCAAAGUCUCCAAGAGGGCACCAGCGGGACCUAUCUACGAACUGCGGGAACAGGGGCACCGAAACCGAGGAACACGGGCGUCUUGCGGGGUGGGGGGCAUUGGCUAAGCUCAGAGCCUCUCCUUUUCCUGCCCUGAGCCUCCCCAGCAACUCCUCUACCUUGGAGACCGCGACCUGCAAAAGCCGGGGAAGUACGAGGCGGAGGCUGCUUUUCUGAAGGUGAAUCAUUCCGUCCAAUUGCCUUUCCCCAGAGAGCAAGAGGGAGGGCGGGAGAGAGAGAGGGAACGGAGGAUGUGUGCGCGUGUGUGUGUGUGAAAGGAAGAGACGACGUGAGGCGAGAGGAGAAGUCUUUACUCGGGGUUAAAAGGCAACGCAUCAGAGAUGGAAUAAGAGCGGUAAUUGCUGCAAGCCCUCCUUGAUUCUCGCAGUCGGGGAAGCUGAGCGCACAGCGCGCGUCCGGCGAGGACAGCGGGCGACCGCGGGCGCUGCCAAGGGCUGCGGGACUUUGGCUUUUUCCUCAGUAAACAAAUCUUUUGAUUACUUUGACACUGUGGAAUAAAGAGGAGGGACAGAAAGACCAGGCUCCUGUACUCCACCUUCCACUUGCUUUAAGGGGAUUCUAGUUUGGAUGUGAAGAUUCCUGAACCCUCUUUGCCAUCGGAGGAGGAAACACACUCACACGCGCGCGCGCGCGGACACACACACACACACACACACACACACACACGCUUAGGGCCACACUCACACGCCCUCCACGAGCACACACCAACAGACUUCGGUUCCCUAUGCCCCUGGAUGGUGACAGCGGAUUGGCAUCUCGGAAGCGAUGCGAGAGCGAUAAGGCUGGCGCCGGCCCGCGGAAACUGCAGGAACAUCGCUAGGUGUUGCCGCCACCGGGAAGCCGGGCUGCAGUUUUUGAAACUACUGGGAGAAGCAGAGCAGAUCCAAGACUUUGUGCAUUGUGUAGAGUUUCACAAAAGACCACAGGAUGAGUAAGAGAUACUUACAGAAAGCAACAAAAGGAAAACUGCUAAUAAUAAUAUUCAUUGUAACCUUGUGGGGGAAAGUUGUAUCCAGUGCAAACCAUCAUAAAGCUCACCAUGUUAAAACGGGAACUUGCGAGGUGGUGGCACUCCACAGAUGCUGUAAUAAGAACAAGAUAGAAGAACGAUCACAGACAGUCAAGUGCUCCUGCUUCCCCGGGCAGGUGGCAGGCACCACACGAGCGGCUCCGUCUUGUGUGGAUGCAUCUAUAGUGGAACAGAAAUGGUGGUGUCAUAUGCAGCCAUGUUUGGAGGGAGAGGAGUGUAAAGUUCUUCCAGAUCGGAAAGGAUGGAGCUGUUCUUCUGGGAAUAAAGUGAAAACAACAAGGGUAACCCAUUAACCAAGGAUAAAUCAAGUGAUCCUCCAGGCUGAUUACAUUGAACAUAUGCACAGAAAUUUAACUCUUGAGGUGAUCUUGAAGAUUUUUAUACUGCUCAGAAGAAGGGCUCCAGAGUCUAUUUCCAAGGGAUUCUAUGGCUCGUUACCAGCCUCUUCUUGAGAUCAAGACUUUAAAAAUGUCAGACAUGGACUUCUAUAUCAUAAAGACUUCAGAUUUGAACUGCGCUCCACUUGUAAAGUUGCUAAGGGAAUUUGAAGUUGCUGUCUGCAGAGCUGGUGGAGAGUGGGUGUUUACGGUGUGACGUCACAGUCACCUUUUGGGGUCCUGGGUCCAGCUGUGACUGCUUUUCUUGUUUCUGAAAGCUGUCUCCCAAGCACACUGUCCUUCUGUCAUGGAUGUGUUCCUGGGUCCUUUGUUCACUGGCAAAUGGGACUGUACACAGCUUUGAUGACACUUCCUUUGAGAACUUCUCUGGCAUGGCAUAGACUGAGACAAUUUUCUUUGUAUCCUAAUCUUGGAGCUCUAAAAGCCUAUGUGUUUUAACAUCUUAAGGUUGCUUUUGUUAAAGGAAUGGAAAUAUAUAUCCAUCGAUAAUACUUAUUGUUGGCAAGUAAUAGUAAUCUGAGUACAUCAAUCAUGUAAGAAUGUAUAGACAAGCUGACAUGUUACCCCAAGGCUAACCCACUACUGCAGCUCUCUGUCAGUUAAAUAGCUAGUAGUUAGAACUGGAUCAUCAUCUUCAUUAUACAAUACUUUGUAUUACUUCUAGAGUACUCUAUUUUUUUUUCCUUAAAGUGGGCUUUUUCUUUCUUUAUUUUUGUUUACUUUUUCCCUUUACAGAAAUCAGCAGUGAACUGUCAAGGUAUUAUGUAGCCCUCAGAUUCAAAAACUCACCAGGGAUGCAUGUGCGUUUCUGAUUCUUAGCUUGAACGUUAUUCACUUAGACUUCUUCUGAAACUUUUUUUCAAAUGUCCUUUUUCUAUCUCAUUUUAAAAGAUUGUCUCUUGCUUGAUCCCAAUUGACUGUUUGAAUGCUUACAUAUUUGUUCAGUCUGUUGAUAGAAUAAAUUGUUCAUUUUCCUUGGUCAGAAAUUUAUAAAUAUUUGCUUACAAUUGUUCCAUUUGAACAAUUUCAUAGGCCAGUAUUCUGUCCACAUUUUCAUAGUCUUUUAACAUUUGUGAUUUUUUGGUUCUACGGGAACGUCUUAUAAAUAUUUAAAAGCCUUAAACAUUUAUGUACUUUUUUCUAAGUUAUUACAGAAUGUAUAAUUUUAUACUGCAUUUAUUUUGUUUCAUUUGUGAUGUGGAAGGAGGGAGGAAUGGAAAUUGUAGAGCCAUUCUGUAAUAAUAUUGUGUAAACCUAUAGAUUGAAGAAAUGUAAAGGGAGAGAUUUCUGUGUCCUGCUUGUUUUAGACUAAUCAGAAGAUACUUCUGAAAUGAUCCUAUUAUCAGUUCCAUCCUGUUAGAGAAGGUGUGAAAAUGUUUUGUAAUUUUAGAAUUCACUGACAAUGGCCAGUUAGGCAUAGACUGGUUUCCAUGAGGGAGGCUCCCAAGUUCUGGGAGCCUUGGGUCUGUUAAUUUGUAACAAUAUUCAAAGACCAAUAUAUUAUCCAGAUACUAUACUGGGAAGAACAACUAAAAAUUUACAAUUGAUUAAAAUUAAGUUUGAAAAAUAUUCUUUUAGCAUUGAACUACAAGUCUAUGGCCCCACAAGUAUGGGGAAUGAAAUUACUUCCUGCCUCCAUUUUAACUGUGCAUAAAACUAACCAGAUGGCUCCAAGUGGACUUUAUAGUGGUUCAAAAGUACAUGAAAUCAUAAAGAAAGAAAUAAUAGUUGUGCUGGAGUUUCUGCAUCAAUUAGAAUAUCAUUGAUUUCUUUAGAACAAAGUGGAAAACUGUAUUAUUUUGAAAAUUAUGAAUUUGUCCUAACUUCAUUUGAAAUUAUAGAUCAUGCUUCUCAUUUUUUAAACUAUGUCCUUUAAAACAACACUGGAAAUUCUGUAUUAUAUACAAGUGUAACACAUGCAUAUUAAUAGAAAAAAUAAAUGGAAUUUAAAAUAUACUAACUAGAUUAUCCCCCGUAGAUUAAUGUUGUGACUAUUCAGAAAAGGUGAAUAAAAUUGGGAUACAAAAUGGA